AUGUCGGACGACGUGGACCCUAUCUUUGCUCCUAAGGCCGAAGAUGGCUCUGCAUCAGCCUCGAGUCGCAAGAGGAGAAGGCCUGACAGCAGCCAGUCAGAGCGAGACUCAGCGGACGGACUUGGGGCGCAGGUCAGGGCGGCGAGGAAUAUUGGAAGAGACGAGGCCUUUUACUUUGAUGAUGGGAGUUGCGUUCUUUUGGUAGAGAAUACCUUGUUUAACGUGGGUGUCCAUCGAACCAUGCUUUCGAAGGACGGUUCUUCAUUCAAGAUGAUGUUUACCUUGCCUCAGGGUAGCGAACCAACUGAGGGCACCUCCGACGAUAUCCCAAUACAUCUAACAGGAGACAGCGCUAAAGAAUUUCGAAACUUUCUCGGCGCCCUUUACGCCUUACCUCCGGAAAUGCGAGCUCUAGCAACGGAUGUCUCUAAGCUUAUCGAUAUUGCCCGCAUAUCAAACAAGUAUGCCUUCAAAUCGCUGGAAACGUGGGCCCUCGACGCCAUCCAGGAGUACAUCAACCACCGUCCAACGCCUAUGCCCCCUUUUCCCUUCCCAUUCUUCACCCAGCCUUCACUAACAGCAACACCUAUCUUGUUCGGGUCUGAAUCCGAAACUAUCACACAACUGACUCGCUUGAUGCGUCUGGCGCAGAUGUGCAACCACGAACGGCUGCUCAACACCAUGAUUGGCCUGCUGAGGCAGCUCAUGACCACGUCUCCACGUUACGCCUAUCUUGCCAUGUCCCUCUCAGACGAACUUGCUCUUCGAUCUUUACGCGGCGAGGCUUACUUGGAGGUCAUGCAUAAGACUGUGGUUGUCAAGAAAGGUCACGCUGAGCUAGGCGACAUCGACGAGGAGGGCCGGCUCGUCGUCAGUUCUACUGAACAGUUGCGACUAUUAACGGGCUACUAUCGCCUAUCCAGAGCAUGGGAGAGACUGAGACUGACCGCACCUCCUAUCGACCAUUCCCCUUCAUGCAAUGCGACAUGGCAUCAGCCUUCAUGUUCCCAGAGUUGGGUCGAGUUCUGGAAGGAGAAGACGAGGGGUGAUGCCGUACUUUCUUUGGGACUGGCAGAUGUACUGGGGAGGCUCAAACAAGUACAAAAGGAUUUUGAUCGUUGGGGCAGCGCUACCUACAUGCAUCAGGACUGCCGGCUAGCCGCUCGACGGAGUAUCUUGCAUUUGAUCAAGACAGUGGAAGACAGAUUGCCAGAUUACUUUUCGGAAGAGAGGGACGAAUGACUGAUACUCAUGGAACUAUGUUGUGACUCUAAGUGUAAUAGUAAAAUACAGUAUAUAUUUUGUACAGAUGACGUUUCAUACAAUGUAUACAGUUUCCAGGCAUUGCGUUU